AUGCCGCUGGUCCCAGCUCCUCCAUCGCUGUGCACAGACCCGGGAGCAGGUGUCCCUUUUGGUGGCAGAAGGGGGGAGGACCCCGUCCCUGUCGAGGAGGAGAAGAGCAUCUCGGAGCAGCGGGAGGAGCGCAAGCUGCAGGAGAUCGCGGGCAAGGACCUGACCAAGGUGGUGAGCCUGAAGGACAAGCUGGAGUUCGCCCCUCGGGCCGUGCUGAACAGGAACCGCCCGGAAAAGAGCUAA